UUAUCAGUGCACAAUGUUUUUAAAGCUAUAAUGUGCAUAGUACAUACGAGGUCUCUAAAUAAAUGGCAGCAAUGAACUUAAUGCUUUGCACUCUGUCACCUGUGCUACUUCCAGGGAUCACGUGCUUGAUAUUUCGAAGAAAGGAUUUUCCCACAUGCUCCUUUCCAGAGAGAGAUGGGCUUUUGGAAACUGUCAAAGGUCUAAGUUACAACAACAGUGCGACCUCAGAGUUGAAAAUGAAAGGCUGAAAAAUGCAGCUCUUCAGAUGAAGAAAGAAAAUGAAGCUAAAUUAGAGGAAAGCAAUAUUCAGCUUCAGAGGAUGGCAGCUGAGAUGAAAGCCCUACAAGAUCAACACCAGAGGGAGUUGGAAGACUGCGAUAAAGAAACACAAAGGAAAUUGGAUGCUAAAGAUACUGAACUGAAAGUGGCUCAUGAGAGAAAUGAAUGCGCUUUGGAGGAGAUGAGAAGGCAGAUGAGAGAGAAGGAGAAAGAAAUGCAAAGCCAAAUUAUUAAACUUCAAAUGGAGUUCGGUGCUAAGCUUGCAAGGGCCCAGAGCAUGUCCACAAAGAGUCAGCCACACACACAAUCUUCUGCUCUAUUAAACUUCAAAUGGAGGUAG